AGCAACAUCACGGCACACACAACUUACGACAUUCACGUAGUAUCGUACAUCUAGCAGCACCACAUGAACGACAAAGUUUCAAGUGUGACAUCGCCCAGCUCUCCGAGGCUACGGAAUACUGACCUCCAUGAAGCUGAAGCCCCGUUCUUAGGUGGCGCCCAAAUACCAGAAGAGUUAGAUAUCUAUGAUGGGGCGCAUAGAUCUCAGUUCUAUGAAUUGGGCCAGAAAUUAUUGGAGGAGAGCAUGGAUCCAAAUCAGCCUCUGAUAGCUCCACCGACGUCAAUGUAUGAGCUCCGGGGAGAAUAUACUGGUGCCCCAUCUUUUGUGGCGCAGAUCGACAGCUUGAUGCGGCAAGGUUACACAAAGAUUAUCCGUACUAAAGGUGAUGGCAAUUGCUUCUACCGAGCUUUGGCAUACGCGUAUCUCAGUAGCCUCAUUGAUUCUCCCAACCUCGUCCCUGCUGCGAGAUUUGUAAUAGAAUCAGGUUCCAGAAUGAUGGAACAUAAUUCCAUGGACGCGGAUAUUAUUUCGACCUUCUGCGAACCCCUCAUGGAUCUAGUAGAUGCCGUUGGAAGCCCCGAUCCUAACCAAGUGCUGACACACGACCGUCUAUUAUCUGCUUUGAUGGAAGAAGAAAUGUCUAACUAUAUUAUAACGUACUUGCGAUAUCUGACAUCGGCCCAAAUUCAGUCCGCGAGCGAUGAUUAUGCUGGCUUUCUCUUCCAUGAUUCAGGGGACCCGUUGCUACCCAGCGAAUUUUGUCGGCAUUACGUCGAUCCCCUCGGGAAAGAAGCAGACCAUGUUCAGGUGGCGGCCUUGUGUCGGGCUCUCAAACUGCACAUCAGGAUCGCAUAUCUUGAUGGCCAUUCCCCAGAUGGUCAAGCUCACUUCCAAGACAUCACACCGCCAGAUGACCCAAAGAAUAAACCGUUGAUUCUCAUCUAUCGCCCUGGUCAUUAUGAUGUCUUGAUAAAGACGAACUGACGUGGUGCAAUACCAGCCUGCUGUUAUAUUCCUUGCAUAUCGGUGUAGCACGGUUACCCAUCUCCAAUCCUCUUAUGACAUACCUGUAUAUAUCCUAUACACACGCAAGUGAUUUGACCAAUAUUCCUGAAUUCUGCUUGAGUUGAUCGGGUGACACCCAUAGUCAAAAUGU